GAGGUGCAGACGGAGUAAUCGUCAUCUACGACCUGGAGAACUUCAGUGGGAAACUACAGUACACCUGCAAGGCAGUCUGCACAGUAGGAAGUGCUAUUGGAAACCACCUAUUCCCAUGGAUCAUACUGCAGAAGUUGUUCUACGCUUCAAAUUCCAAGACCUACAGAACGCUCUUCUUGCAUUUUGGAACAGGUUAAUCUGAGUUUCAUGCUCUGGUCAUGAGCAUGAAACUCAGGGCCAUGCUCAUUUGCAUAAUGAGCAUGACUGGCUUCACUUUCACUGAAAACUAUUGAGGCUUCACAGAAAGCCUUGGAGUCAACUUCCCAUCCUUUGCCUGCAUAACUGAUUAGGAAAUAAAGACAUAGCCUACAGCCAUCCAUGAUACAGGUUUUAAGCAACUUGUUUAGUUGUGUGUAUAAAAAUGUCUAGAAUUCUUCAGUUCAGUAUUUUUAUUCAUCCACUUCAGUUUAAGGUUUAAAGUCUGCAUUUCAGGUUCAUCUUGAUUAUUUUAUUUCAGUUUCAGCUGUCGGAGUUAAGAGCCAAAAAGGUGAAAAUUGUAUCAGCGUCCAAACAUUUAUAGAACUAACUGUACAUGAGAAUUUUUUCUCAUUUAUUACAGAAAACAUCCUGCGCUAUCUGGUUUUGUCAAUCCCAAAUCCAAAACAUGACACACAUUGGCUUUCACCCCAUGUUUUAUUUAUUUUUUGUUCUUGUUUUUAGGUCUAGCCGCUAUGUCCAUAAAUUUAGCGUAGAGACAGUCCAGUGGUAUCCUUAUGACACAGGAAUGUUUGUGUCCAGUUCCUUUGACAAGACCAUGAAAGUCUGGGACACAGAGACAUUAAAGCCUGCUGAAGUGUUUCAGUUUGAAGGCAACGUCUACUGUCACCACCUGUCCCCAAUCGCCAGGAAGCACAGUCUCAUUGCAGUGGGCACCACAAAUCCUAAAAUCCAACUGUGUGACCUCAAGUCCGGUUCACGGAUUCGUAUUCUUCAGGGUCACAGAGCAGAGGUCCUGUCUGUGCGGUGGUCACCCAGAUACGAGCAUAUCUUAGCCACUGCCAGUGCAGACAGCAAGGUGAAAGUAUGGGAUGUGCGCCGUGCUUCAGGUAGUCUCUUCACUCUGGACCAACACAAUGGAGACAAGUCGAAAGCCUCCUCUGAGGCAGUAAACACCGCCCAUAACGGCAGAGUGAAUGGCCUGUGCUUCACUGGUGAUGGCCUCUACCUGCUCACUACUGGAACCGAUGACCGUAUGAGGCUUUGGAAUAGUGCCACUGGGGAGAAUACACUGGUAAAUUAUGGGAAGGUCUGCAACGAGAGUCGGAAAAGGCUACAGUUCACAGUGUCACGUGGCUGCAGCCCAGAGUUUGUGUUUGUGCCAUGCGGCAGCUCUGUUGCAGUGUACACCCUUCACACGGGAGAGCUGGUCACCAUGCUCAGGGGUCACUAUAACAAUGUGGACUGUUGUGAGUUCCACCCAGACUACCAGGAGGUGUACAGUGGAGGUAAAGACUGUAACAUUCUGGCAUGGGUCCCUGUCCUCCGUCCCUCAGAUGUGGAGGAAGACUCAGACCAUGAAGUAAAGGGUGCUGCUGGCCAGUCUUCGGUGAACCCUGCCUUUCAGGAUGCUUGGAGCAGUGAUGAAGACUAACGCUGGAUUUGUUUUGAACAUGUGGACAAAAUUUGAUGUCUGAUUAUUCACAAUUACUGUAAAACAAAUGCUCCAAAAGCCUUAAAACUUAAACGUGUUAACAACGGUAUGACUUUGUAAAUGUUUUUGUAUGUUUGAUAAAUCAUUGUUACUACUUUUUUUUUAAUUUAAAGAUGUAAAACCAAAAUGGUUCUUAUUUAGUAUUUUCAGUAAGUCUCUUUUAGUCUUAGGCAGUAUC